AGGGAGCGAGUGCAGCUCACCGUCCUCUCUGAGAACGCAACUCACAUUGCACCUCCUCUUUCCCGGGUAGGAAUGAGACCUAUGUGUGCGGAGCUGGGAUGACCUCAAUAUUUUGAACCUUGUUGCUUGUUUUGGUGGUGGCUAAGGUCCUCUCGCUCUCACUCACACACACACACACACAAUAACAAACAAAACACCACACAUCAUUUUCGCCAUUUGUAAACCAUCGAACAGCGCAGGCAGGUUUUUCUCUGCAAAAGGCUGUAUUGCAGACUACACUCGAGAAGAGUUACGGAGUGGAGUACGUUUUGGACCCCCUACGAUUUUGGUGUAUAGAAAAUACAUUCUAAAAAGAGGAGCAGUGCAAUCAGUCGUGGAUCUCAGAUAUGGCGGGUGUGAAGACAUUCAACCUUGUUGUUGGAGUUGUUUUAGUUUUGCAGUCUCUUGGAAAUGCGUUUCAAGUGCCUGGAGGGGACCUGACAAACGGGGUCUCUUACUCCUACCUGCAGGGGCAGCCAGUGGCUGAGGAGGAUGUGGCAGUGGAUGUGAAGUUGUACAGUCACCGGUGGAGGAGGUGGCUGUCCCCAGAACAACCACAUAACAUGGACAGUAACAGGGCCAGCCAGGACCAGGAUCAGCAGGACCAAGACCAGGGUCAAGACCAGCCUGAGGGGGCCUUUCCAGGCCUGCUCUCAGCACAGGACAGCCAGGACACUGACAACAGCUCCCAGAUAGAGGAGGACACAGAUCACAACUACUACACAUCAAAGACCUACAGCCCCACGGACCCCAUGAGCAAGGACUUGUGGGUGAACGUUGACCAGAUGGACAAGGAGAAGGUGAAGAUCCAUGGCAUCCUGUCCAACACUCACAGGCAAGCUGCGAGAGUCAAUCUAUCCUUCGAUUUCCCCUUUUAUGGACAUUUUCUGCGUGAUCUCACCGUGGCAACUGGUGGGUUCAUCUACACAGGUGAUGUGGUCCACAGGAUGCUGACGGCCACCCAGUACAUUGCCCCCCUCAUGGCCAACUUUGACCCCAGCGUCUCCAGGAACUCAACCGUCAUCUACUUUGACAAUGGCACUGCUCUGGUGGUCCAGUGGGACCAUGUCCACCUGCAGGACAGCUACAACCUGGGCAGCUUCACCUUCCAGGCCACACUGCACAGCGACGGCAGGAUCGUCUUCGCCUACAAAGAGAUCCCCAUCGAGGUGGCCCAGAUCAGCUCCGUCAAUCACCCGGUGAAGGUGGGCCUCUCCGAUGCCUUUGUGGUGGUCCACAGGAUCCAGCAGAUUCCCAAUGUUCGUAGGAGAACGAUCUAUGAGUACCAUCGUGUGGAGCUUACGAAGACCAAAAUCACCAACUCCACGGCAGUGGAGAUGAUGCCUCUACCGACAUGUCUCCAGUUCACCAGCUGUAGCAGCUGCAUCUCCUCCCAGAUCAACUUCAACUGCAGCUGGUGCCACCGCCUUCGCAGGUGUUCCAGUGGGUUCGACCGCCAUCGGCAGGACUGGGUGGAUAACAGCUGUCCUGAUGAGACCAAGGACAAAAGCUGUGAUAUCAUCAACACCACACAACUCUAUCCAUUCACCACCACGUUAGUUGCCAAGACAACACGCCGGAGCAGAGGAGAGACCACUACAGCUGGAGCCUCUUCGUCUACAUCCCACUCCCCAACCAGCGUCCCCACUGAAGAUGACACCAAGAUUGCUCUGCAUCUCAAAGACAAUGGAGCGAUGCCAAAGGAGAGUGCUGCAGAGAGGAAGGACACACACCCCCUGCACACUGGGCUGAUCUUGGGCAUCCUCAUUGUCAUGCUCAUCAUGGCUGCCACAGUCCUGGUCACCGUCUACAUCUACCAUCAUCCCACCUCAGCCGCAAGCCUGUUCUUCAUUGAGAGACGUCCCAGCAGGUGGCCGGCCAUGAAGUUCCGCCGAGGGUCCGGUCACCCAGCCUAUGCGGAGGUGGAGCCCGUGGGCCAGGAGAAAGAGGGCUUCAUCGAGUCUGAGCAGUGCUAAAGGGCAUCCACCAUCCCACACCCCACACCCCGCCGUGCUGCUCCCCCUCCCCCCAUAUUGCCCCCUUUGCGUCCGCUCCACAGGGACUGACACACCAGUAUUGCCCCAGAAACAGGCCUUCCGGACCUUCCGUACCCAUGGCGACUGAUUGACGCUGGUCUCUUGUUUUGUUGAUUAAAACACUCACUGUCAAGAUUGUAAAAUUAAACGAGAAAAUUGUGGAGGUGUUAAUUUGAAACCCCACACUCUUUCUGGUGGUCUGAGAGUGGGACUUGUGUUUGGUGGACUACCAUGGUGAACCUUCAACCCUGGCUUGUCCAACAGAGAGCUGAUCUGAGAGCUGCUUAGAGAGGGUCACUGCCAGAGGGACUGUGCUGUAGGAAAACCUUGAAAACUCCUCAAAGUCUCACACUCAUGCUGGUUGAAGUGACUGACUGACUUAUUGGGGACAGAGGGAAAGUAAUGGUGUCUAUAGCCCUGUUUAUACUUGGUGCUAACAUGCGUCCUUUGUCCUGAUCUUGUCCACAUUCUGAUUGUGCCAACAUUUUAAGACAGGUGUAGACGAUUAAAAGAC